AUGGACAGGGAAAUUGACGCAGUGGUGCUGGGCAAGUCUUCUGGGCCGUGGUACUCCAAGGAUUCGGUCCAAGGCAAAAAAGCCUUGACUUUCUUGGCCGAUGGGUUCUAUGGCGUUUUGUGGACGAUCAUUGGUGACUUAGACUACUUUGCGGACGGGGUCACCGCUUUGGCGGUGGGCCUGGACUGGUUGCAUUGCAAAUACCUGGGAUCUGACAUGUACGUCUACGGGUCCAUUCUCAAGCUUUUGUGUUUCUUUAUGCUACCUUCUGCACCAAUCGACAACUUACAAUCGGUAUGGGCGGACAUCAAGUCUUUGUACAGGGAGCUCGGGACUCCGGUACGGUAUAAAUACAUCACGAAGCUGACGAUGUUUAUACCUGCCAAAAACCCGUAUCCGAAGCUACGUGGAAAAGGGGCCGAGAUCAAGUACCUCUCCGAUGUCAUGCUCAAGCUGUGGCGGAAGUACAUGAACCCACAUCUUCGAGUUCACCAACAAAUCGAGUUGAUGCUACGUCUGAAU